CUUCCACUCUUCCUCAUCAACCACAACUCCCUUCUUUUCAAAACUCACACCAUACAUAAAUACACCUACGCAGAAAAAAAAAGAGAGAACGGUAGAAGGGGCUGCUGCCUCCACGCCUCGCCGCCGAAGUUCUGCUGCUGCCAAGUCGCCAUCGACGUCAACCCUAGAGAAAGAGGGAGUCUGCGAGUUGAAGAAAGCUGGAGGAGUGUCGCUGCCAUUAGCAUUUUGCGGUGCCGCCAUCAUGGUCGCCGAGAAGGAGGAGGACCCGCGAGGAAGAGGGACGCGGUCAGUCUCAUCGUCAUCAGAUCCGUCUUUGCCGAUGGAGACCCCAUCGCCAAGCUGCUGCACCGCCGCUGCCACUGUUGGGUUUCCGGGAAGAGGAGCUCUAGCGGGAGAGAGAGAACGAGAGAGUUCGCAGAAAGAGAAACAUCACCAUACACGAACAGAGGGGGAAGGAGGAACUCACCGGAGGAGAAGGAGACUCGUCGCCAUGCCUCUAGUCGCCAGGAACGGCGGUACUGUCACCGGAAAACACGCCGGAGCUUCCAAACUCACCGGCAACACUACCUUGCCACUGUUCUGAAUUUUAUCUGCCUUUGUCUCUGUAUUCGAUUUGAAAUGACUACCUGGUGUUGUGGUCAUUGUCGCUGUCGUGAGACGCACUCUGGGUUUGGUCUCUUCGGUCUGUUAGGACCAUGCUGUGAGUAGGCUUUACAUUUAUAACCGUUAAACUUUUGGUUUAUGCUAUUAUGAGUUUUUAAUUAUAUUUAUAAAACUAUUAUUGAAGAACUUUGAUUUGAUUAUAAUACUUGAUUUAUUAUAGCUGAAUA